AUGCAAGAAUAUGGAGGCGGCGUAUCGAGCAAAAGCGGCGCCGGCGCAGCGGGUGGGGGCGCGGCGGGCACCACCGGCGGGGAGUACCGCGACGCGGGGGAUACCCCGCGGCACCCCGCCGAGUACCCCGUGCAUCACCUCCAUGCUGUGAUGCAGCAGAAAACUUAUGGAUGCUCUAACAAAGACCUGUCCGAUCCGAAUAUGGCGACGUACUGCCGGGUAGCGACCGGGAUCUACGAGGCCACGGCUUCUAGCCAGCAGUACCAGAACCCGAGAUACAACAACUCGUCUGCCCCUACGUUUAGUUCGCCGCCAAAUUCUCCGCUAGUGGGUUUAGUGUUCGAUCCGUCUUCACCUAACUACAGCGGGCCUGGCAUGAUAGGCGACCGAGGCGUAAACUCCGACAGACGCUCGCAGAGCUCCUGGUCCAUCUCCAACCAGGAACCGAUCGGUACUGGUGCCAAAAAGAAAAUAGUCAAGAGCCAGGACAAGCGCAAUGCCUACAACGCUGACCCUCGCUACCACGAAAGGUACAAAGAUAGUAGCACCGAGACUGAUCGUCAAAGAAAACAAGAUAGAAAUUUAAAUUCAGAAUCAACUUCCAGUCUAGAUUUCUUCGCUGAGGGUGAGAGAAUGGUGUCGGAACUCUGCAACAUACCUGACUCUAACUCGAGGAACGAAAGCAAUCAAAAACAAAAUCAGAAAUCUUCACAAGAUGAAGAAAAGAAUAAACCAUCCGGUUCUUCGGAAGUCCUGUUGACUGCGUUAGACAAGAUCGUUAUCCAUGACCAGAUUCCCAACCAAAUUGUUCAACUUGCUAUCGAAGCCUGCACCGACGCUGAGAACAUCGCAAUCGCCCACCACAACAGACCCUGUUUUAAGAAUAUACAUUCAAUUUGUGCCAAAACUAGAUCAAAUGUUCAGAAGCCAGAUAGUGCCGUGGCUAAUCUGCACUCUCAAGGCAUACCAUGGGUCAUUAAGAACUUUAUAUUCUCCUUUGUUAGAAUUUUGGACGGAUGGAAGGGUGUCAAAGAAUUACUCAGUGAGAAACACGACACUUUCUCCAGAAUCGAAAAUAAAUACUAUAGUCCUAAUAUAAGAGAAUGUUUUGUACAAUGGCAAGCUGUUACUAAGGAGAUGCUCACGCACAUCUACAAAACUUUUAAAUGUCUAGAUCAUGGGUUUACCAUGGAACAGAAGAGUUUCACUCAUAAUUAUUACGCUACAAAUUCUGCCGCACCUCGACAUCAGAAUCAAAAUAAAUUUCAACCUGUAAAGCCUCAUAUUAGUACUCCGAGACCAGUUAAUGCUUCUCCGCAGCCAUUCAAUGCGGUGCAACCGCCUUGGGUGCAGAACCAAACUCAAGGUACUUCUCAAAGUUUUAAUGAAGGCCCAUGGCCAGCUCGAUCAGGUGUCACCUUCAAAAAAUUUCCCGUCGUGCCUCCUCCAAACUCGCACAACUUUUAUCCGUUGAACGAUCAAACUGAUAUGGAUACCUUCCAGAAGGCGUACAAAUGUGAUCCUUGCAGCGUUCGCGAAGCAAAACCUCGGCAGUCGUGGACUAUUACAAAUGUGCCAGACUUUCGCACUCUGGAAGGAAUGUGUCACGCAGAUCAAAGAGAAUUAUACACACAGUUGAAACAUAAGAUGGAUGCAGAACUGGGGAAAGCUCCCGGUCAGCCGCUUAUGGGUAACAUGCCGUGUGAUUUAUUACAGCGUCGAGAUAUGGAGCUCAAGGCUAAGAUGAUUCCGUUGAGCCAUGUUGAGAAGACGCUCAUACCGAGUAUGGCGGCGGCCGCGGACAUGCGCGGCUGCUACGUGCAGAAGAACAACAGCUGCGGUGACACUAAGGAAGAGGCUGAUUUUUUUGCGGCGUGGGGUCAGAUGGUCCAAAAAGAACCUAGCGAUUUUAUAACUCAUCACUCUCACAACGUCCAAAUUCCAUCGAAUGUUGUGACGAUUUCUAAUAAUAUCUCUGGCCCCGUGCAAUUUAUUGACCCAGAUAACGAUGAGUUUCACGAAAUAUCUAAAGUGUACAUGAAACCUGGAAGUUACAAGGUGCCUAUAAAACCUGCCGAUCCAAUAUCUCCUUUCGUAGCGGGCACCUCACAAGAAGUUGUAUAUGAUAACUCUGUUGUAGAUGACAUGGCUCCACUGAAAAUGAAGAUUCCAUUUCCUUCUGUGACGUUAGCCCCGCAACCGAAGUACAACAUGGAUUCCUGGCCGUGUUUGAUGUCAAGGCGCAUGGACGAUAUCUUCGGUGAAGACCACAAAAUGAUUACGAGACAUGGGAUACCGUGUUUAGAUAUGAGGACUGCUGAUUCACUGGAUAUUUUGAGUUCUAUGACGUCAGAUCGUGCGUGGGAGGCAGCAAAACAAUCUGCCCCAAAGCUCAUGGAUUUUAUUCAUGAGGGAUCCAAGUCAGAUACAGCACGAUUGUAUGAUGCUUUAGGUCUGAGCGCUGCCGAUGAGUAUUCCGACGAGUUGAAGCAAGUAAAGCUCGGAAUGGAGCAAGUCACAGCAUGGGCCACCGGUUUACCAACGAAUCAUUUUAUGCCGAAGGAUAUGCCCAACCUAUGGGAACAACAAGCUAAGCAGGAUUACGUGUUACCUAAAAGUCAAGAUCCGUUGAUAUUUAGUAAUGACUCCAAAUACCUUGACUCGGAACAGAAGGGUUUAGAUCCAGAUGAUCAUAUUGAUGUUCCGGAAAACAAAAGUGAAGAGACGAAGGAGAAUACUCGUUGUCCUAACUUUGAUCACACUGGGAACUAUGUGCGCGAUGAUAAUCAGAAGAAAUCCAGCGGCAAAUCCAAGGUGGCCGUGUCUGGUAUGUGGUACCAUCCUAAGAAGAAGAAGCCUCUUCCGGCAGGUACCGUGAAGAAGUUUGAAGCAGUACUCGCCAAUUUGUCGCAACUUAACGAAUCUGUCUUCAUACAACAUGAUAUGGAUAUCAAAGUGGCUCCCAGAUUUUACGAGGUGGUAAAGUACCCAAUGUGUCUUCACGAUAUAUCAACUAAACUGAAAAAUUCAUCCUACACUGAAUACGAACAAGUCGUCCAGGAUUUUAGACGAAUUUUCAACAAUGUCCGAUUAUAUCUCAAGAGCUAUCCGGACAUCACCAUGAAGAAAAAUGUAAAUAAAAUCUCAAGCGAGUUCGAGAAACUUUUGAACGAAGAGUUUCAGAGUAAAUGGGAGAACAAACCCAAGUCCCAGGACAAUGCUGAGCCGCAGGACACUUCUAAAAAUAAGAAAGAUGAGAAGGAAUGUGAAACACACACCACUGACAACAAGCAGGACGAUGCAAGUAAGAAACUUGAGUCUAAAACCAGUGGAGAUGACAAAAAAUAA